AUGGAUCUAACCGCCCGACCGCCUGCGGGCCAUGGUGCUGAUGCCGAGAUGCUGGCGGGACUCUGGCAACAUGCGCCAUUUCCGCGGCUGCCGCUGGACGCUCCGGCCGAGCUCCGGGAGCUCGUGGCAGACGUCGAGAAUCCUCGCCGUGUCUAUGCUAUUCAUCGGGCCAGUCGUCGUCACAACUUCCAGCUGACGGUGCAGAAAUACAUCGUUCAGCUAUGCGAAGGCUGUGGUGCCAGCGAGUGCCACAAUCCCACCUGCUUCACCUGCCGGAAGCGCAUCGCCGGCCAGGCCCCCCUCCGUCGAUACAACGCCACGAGCGCCCGCACGCUUGCCGUUCAUCUUGCGAGUCAGGAAAAUCCCGAAGUCGGCCUAUGCGCCUCGCUCAGGCUUCCGAAAACCGCCCCGGCAGCAGUCCGGUCUCUGCGUUUUACGCCCAAAUAUCCCCCAAUGACCCGUGGAGACGGCGUAUCGAGCAGUUCCAAAACGACAUUGGCUCGUGCCGGGUCACCGAAAGACCGGAAGAGUGCAACAAAGCACGGGCACGCUGUGUAUGCAGGAUCUAAGGACGGUGGGACACAGUCGGAAAAGUCGACUCGCUCAAAAGCAGACACUGCCUCUGAGGGCCUGCAGGAGGCCCCGAAGUUCAUAAUUGUGGACAAGCCUGCCAGCAAAGACUACCGGUCUUUUGCCGCGAAUAUGUUCGGCACCGUAGCGUUCAAGAUGCUCGAGUGGCUGACGCCUGCAGCUAUCGAAAACAUGACCGAGAAAGCAGAGAAGCUGCAGGCUGGCUUUCCGGCAUCUGACGAGGGGAAGAUCAGGGCCCAGGAGGAAAGGCCCAGACAUGAUGCGACAGCGAAAGAAGCAAAGGAUAUGACGGGCUCCGAGUCAGUCGAUGCGACAGGUAGACAUGACUCUGGGGCUGCAGAAUUGGCUGGUUUAGACAGUCGUGCUACCUCAAACGGAAAGUCGCGACAGACGACAUCGCCGACAAAUACUCGGCGAAACUCCAACGCGCGACUUCGCACGCAGUCGACGAAGCCGCAACGCAAAUUGUCUGUCGACGCCUUCCCCCCGGAGUCCUCUAACGACGAGCUGCUACCCAACUUGCGCUCCCCUCUAAUACCCAGCAUACAGACGGACGGUAUGAAUCACAGGACGCCGCCGACCAAGUCGCUUAAGACGCCGACGCCGGCGAUUCCCCGCCCAAUCUCCCAGCUAUCUGGGGCUGCAUACUUUGAGGGUGUCCCUUUGGAGAAGAUGCCACCGAUUAUGACCGCUGAGAUCAGGCCGCAAGUUGGACGCAACCAGGCUGAUGGGUCCCAAGGCAGCGGGAGCGAGAGCAGUUUGGAGCAGCUUGGAUCACGGUCCUCUCGGUCGCCAUCUUCGGAUCGGUCUGAUGCAAAUCAGUCUUCUGUACUGUUGGACGCCGACCUUCUGGACACCACAUUCGAUACGUUUCUUCCACAAACACUUACGCGAUUGGAUACCGAGACGAUCGACUUUGUGUGCGACGUGCUUCAAGACGACCACACAGCCGAACAGCACCUGCUCGAGCCCGCGACAGUUGCAAAGUUCCACACAAGGGUCAGCGGCCAACCCCGACCUCUGCGGCGGAAGGAAAAGUCGCUGGUCCAUGGCCAGUCGGUGCGGCUUCGAGAAGGAGAGGAAUGGCGCCUGUUUGCCGAGCAGAGCUUCUUCUACGUCCUGAGUGAUCCCCAUACGCUUCUGAGCUCGUUUACGAAACAUGGCCAGCUCUACGACACACAGACGCUCUGGUACUGCAUGCUGCGCAUGACUCGUGUUGCCCCAAGUCUAGUUUUUCACAGCCUGUGGGUGGCUGCCGAGAUGCUGUUUGCGCCCCCUCAAGCGUUGCAGGCACUCUGCUCGCCGACAGUCCGCCUCUUCCCCCAGGCGCGCAAGUUUCUGACAAAUGCGGAGGCCGGCAUGCUUGUCUCUAUCUGCCUGCACGCUCUUGUGGCAGCUGCUCCGCCGGUCGACAGCGCCAGAAAGCUCUACGACAUGUCCCGCAUCCGGUCCCAGGGUUUGAGCCUCGCUGUCAGCAACUCCAUUGCGCGACAACCUGCCGAACUAUGCCUCCAGUAUGACGAUGCCUUUUCGAACCCGCUGGCGCUGCGGCUGGCCAGACGGCUGCUGACGGCCAUCACAACCCGGCGGAUUUUCGACGAGCUGAUGGAGUACGACGUGGGCCGUAAUAGCAGUAGCGAGCUCGACGUCCUGGACCAUCUCUUUGCACAGCUCGACUUCUUGAACAUGGACGCUGCAUACAUUCUCGACUUCACCGUUGCUGACCGGACCCUCCAUGAGACGAGAAUGCCGACGUUGCUUCUCGACUGGGCAAGAGCAGUCAUGCUGCAUGAUUGGGACGGACGGCCGGAUGUUUCGGGAGACAGUCCGUUCGGUGGUGCACUCGCACUCAUCAAGGCCAUCUUUGAGCGACGACAAGCCCUCCUGGUUGGGGAUGCACAGUUCCGGUCCGAGUUCUUUGCCGAGCGCCUAGACGAGGUAGAGACGCCGCUGUCCUGGCUCACUUUCAACUCGACCAAACAGAGGCUGCAUAUCCUUGACUUCCCCUAUAUCUUUAGCCCGGACACGCUCGUGUCGUACUUUCGGGCGAUCAACUUCUCUCGGAUGAGCCGGUCGUUUGAGGAGUCCAGCUCGCUGCAGAACCGUAUGGAUGCGAUAGUGUCGCCCAGCAGCCUAGUCAUCAACCCUCACCACAAAUCGAUCCUGCAGGGACUCUUGCAGACGGCGUCGGCCAAGUAUCUUAUCCUCGACAUCGGGCGCACGUCGGUGCUGCAGGACGCAUUCGACCAGCUGUGGCGGCGGGAGGAACGGGAGCUGCUGCGGCCACUCAAGAUUCAUCUCGGCGAAGAAGGCGGCGAGGAGGGACUGGAUUCGGGCGGUGUGCAGCAAGAGUUCUUCCGGAUGGCCAUUGCCGAAGCUCUCGACCCGGCGUACGGCGCCUUUACGGUAGACAGCCGCACGCGCAUGGCCUGGUUCAGUCCGACGACCCUGGAGGAGGAGUGGAAGUUUGAGCUGGUCGGGAUUCUGGUGUCGCUCGCGCUCUACAACGGCGUGUCGCUCCCGGUGACCUUUCCGAAGGCGCUAUACCGCAAGCUAUUGGGCGAGCCGGUGACGGAGCUGCACCACAUCUCAGACGGCUGGCCGGACCUGGCCAACGGAUUGACGGCGCUGCUGGAGUGGAACGAGCAGGACGGGGCGGUGGAGGACAUCUUUGUGCGGACGUACGAGUUCUCUGUCGACAUGUUUGGCCAGCCAAUCUCCCGGGUGAUGGACGCGUCGGGAUCGUGGCCCAAGAUCCGCGAGAAUGUCACAGGCACGCGAGCCAGGAGCAAGAAGAACAAGGAGGCAAGCGACAGUGGUUAUGGGCCGACAGCCUCGACUCUGCUGGAGGCGAACCCGGGGGACGAGGCGCCGAUGGUGACAAACGCGAACCGCAACGCAUACGUGACGGACUACAUCCACUACCUGACGGAUGUGUCGGUGCGGCGGCAGUUUGAGGGGUUCUCGCGGGGCUUCCGGGCGUGUCUGCACGCCAAGUCGCUGCGGCUGCUUACGCCAGCGCUGCUGCAGUCGAUGGUGGAGGGCGAGCAAGAGAUUGACGUGUCGGAGCUGCGGCGCCAGGCGCGCUACGUCGGCUGGGAUGCGAGCCAUCGGACGGUGCGGGAUUUUUGGAGCGUGGUAUCGCGGUACGACGACGUGAUGAAGCGCAAGCUGCUCGAGUUUGUCACGGCGAGCGACCGGGUGCCGGUGGGCGGCAUAAAAAACCUGCACUUUGUCAUCCAGCGCAACGGCGAGGAGUCAGGAACCGGCGGACAUCUGCCGACGGCCUACACCUGCUACGGCAUCCUGCUGCUGCCCGUAUACCGGGAUCGUGCCGUGUUGCAGGAGCGGCUGGCGAUGGCGCUGGAGAACGCGCAGGGCUUUGGAUUUGCCUGA